AUGUCGGAAGACGAGGUUGAGAGUUUCGAGAUCACGGAUUACGAUCUUGAAAAUGAAUUCAAUAUUAAUCGUCCCAGGAGGAAAUUGUCUAAGAAGCAACAAAUGCUGGGCAUUUGGGCGGACGAUAGCGACGAGGAUGAACUGUCUACUAGGCCAUCGUUCAAAACCUUUGACAAAGGGCCAAAGAAUUACACAGCUCCUGUGAAUUUCGUAGCUGGUGGGAUCCAGCAAGCUGGGAAACCGAAGGAAGAGAAGGACGAGAAAGAUGAGGAUGAAAGUGACAAUGAAAAUAAAAGAGAAUUCCCGAAUAGUUCUAGUUCUGAAGACGAGAAGUCGACUGUACAUCAACGAGCGUCGUUUUCUAUGAACACCGAUGGAGAUAUCGCGGGUUUACGUAAGAAGAAGCACAAAGUGAAUCCUGCACUGAUACAGAGUGGCAUGGGUAGUUGGGAAGUCUAUACAAAAGGUAUUGGAGCUAAAUUAUUGCUACAGAUGGGAUUUGAACCUGGGAAAGGAUUGGGGAAACAGUUGCAAGGUAUAAGCGCGCCUGUCGAAGCACACUUGAGGAAAGGCAGAGGCGCAAUCGGAGCUUAUGGCCCAGAGAAAGCUCCGAAAGUACCAGAGAAAAAGAAAGAAGAUGAAUCAGAAGAAGGGAAAGAAUCUAAAGCUAAAAUGUCACAGUGGAGGAAAGGAGAUGUAUCCAAGAAGAAAGUGAAUUAUGUAUAUCGUAGUGUCGAUCAAGUAUUAGAAGAUGGAAAGCUGAAACCUAACAAGAAAUCGAGGGUAUCUAACGAGAUGAGCAGGGUCAAAGUCAUAGAUAUGACAGGGCCGGAGCAAAGGAUCCUAAGUGGAUAUCACGCGAUAGCUGGCGGUCAACAGCGACCCGAUGAGACAGUAGUGGUCACUGAUAAAAAGGCGAAAGUGAAUUUCGCACUGCCCGAGCUUCAACACAAUUUAAAUAUAUUAGUAGACAUGUGCGAACAGGAUAUCAUACAGAACGACAGACGGACGAGGUAUCUCGGUGACAGAGUGAUCGCGCUGGAAGCAGAGAAGAAAAAUCUGUCGAAAGUUAUAAAUCACCAUGGUCAGCAGAUCGAUACUUUAGAAAACGUUCUCGCCAUAGUCGACAGAUUAAUGGACGACACGAGCCAGUUGACGUUACAAGAGACCGCGGAUGCUUUCAAAGAUUUGCAAGAUAAAUAUUACGAGGAAUACAAGAUGUACGAGCUCGGUGAACUGGCCAGCAGUUUCGUCGGGCCGAAGAUAAAGGAUUGUCUGAUGAGCUGGAAUCCACUGAUACAACCUAGACAACCUAUUAGAUUGUUCGAACAGUGGAAGAAUAUUUUAGAAAGUGGUACGACCACUCUACAGUCGCGAACUAUGCAUCCGUAUGACCAGCUUGUUUGGAACUCCUGGAUGCCGUCUAUCAGGGGAGCUACGCAGCAGUGGACGUGCAGACAACCGGAACCAUUAAUUGAAUUAAUAGAAUAUUGGAUGCCACUACUCCCGAAUUGGAUAUUAGAAAACAUUUUAGACAUGCUGGUUCUGCCUAAACUUACUCUGGAAGUGGAAGAAUGGAACCCUCUCACAGAUACAGUACCUAUUCAUACGUGGAUUCAUCCUUGGCUGCCACUUUUACGAAAUCGUUUGGACACUUUGAUCUAUCCGAUAAUAAGGCGGAAAUUGGGCUCUGCCCUGGGCGGUUGGCAUCCGUCCGAUAGAUCCGCCAGAUUGAUGUUACAACCGUGGUCGAACGUGUUCGCGAAAGGUGACAUGGAAGCGUUCCUCGUGAAAAACAUAAUUCCCAAAUUGCAAAUAGCCCUCUCGGAAUUCGUUAUAAAUCCGCAUCAGCAACACUUGGAACAAUGGAACUGGGUGUACGAAUGGAAGGAAUUGAUCCCGACUCACAUAAUGGCCAACCUGCUAGACAAGUUCUUCUUCCCGAAAUGGUUGCAAGUUCUAGCUCUCUGGUUAAAUCAUUCACCUAAUUACGAUCAAGUCACGAACUGGUACAUGGGAUGGAAGAACAUGUUGAGCGAAAAAAUAUUAGCCGAACCUUUAGUGAAAGAGCACUUCAAGAAAGCGUUAGAGAUGAUGAACAGAGCAGUUACGGGGUCGCAGAGUCAUCAACCGGGCGCGAUGGAGCAAGUUUCUUAUCUAACUAGUUUAGAGAGAACGCAGCCUACCAUGUCACAGAUGCCACCGACCGCACAACCGAGGAUGGAGAGGCUCGCCGAAGCAGUUAGAACAGCGUCGCAGAUACCACACGGUUUCAAAGAUCUCGUCCAAAAGAAAUGCGAGGAAAGAGGUAUUUUGUUUAUGCCCAUACCGAACAGAUACAGGGAAGCGAAACAAGUUUAUAAGGUGGGCAACGUGCAGGCGUACAUUGACGGGAAUGUUUUAUUCGUUUGCCAUAAUGGCAUGAACUGGAUGCCGACGCAUUUAAACGCUUUACUAGACAUGUCUGAACUCUAGAAACAAUUGUAUAUAAUUGUAUUGUACAUAUAUUGUAAAGUAUAGAAUGUAAGACUCAUUGGACACCUAGAAUUGAUUUCAAGCUCUUUUGUACGAUUUCUGCUGUAUAAUAAAUUAUUAUAUGGCAUGUUUAAAA